AUGGCUGGUGGCUACUUUUCCUUCCUCUCCAACCCCCACGGCUACUUCCAACAGGGAUUCAACCUCGAGGAUUCUUCCACUUGGUAUUCUUCUUCUUCCACUGUCGCUCUUUCCUCGUAUCACUCUUCCCCCGAGCCCUCUCCCCCGACCUCCUCCGCGACCUCUCCCGCGUCCAGUCUCGAGUUCACGAAGCGCCGCAACCAUCACUCCCUGCUUUUGCUUUUGCGCAUGACCGACAACAACAAUCCCGGCACCCCCAUCUACGACCACUACAAGCGUCGUGGCGCCAUCUCCGCCCCCGUCCCCGUCGUCUCGCCCACGCCCCCCGAGCUCCCCCAUCUCGACCUCGACACGACUGCCAUGCGCGACCCGACCGGAGCCGUGCGCCACUCCCUCUUCUCGGGGGAGGAGCGAACCUGGCUCUCCUUCUCCUCCCUCGGCCCCGCGCCCAAGCCCGACCGCCACGCAAUCAUGGCCGCGCACCAGCACGCCUCCUCUCCGCCUAACUUCAACGCGCAGGACGCCAUCGAAAUCCGUCCCGCCCUCAGUGCGCACCAGACCUGGCUCGCGCUGCAGAACGUGGACCGCGCUUUCUUCCGCAAGUACGGUCCCGCCGUGGCCCGCGGCACGCUCAAGCUGGGCGUCGUUCACGAGAGCGCAAGCGUGAAGAUUCUCGGGCGCCACGUUACGGUUCGGCGAUGGCAUCGCGCCGUCUGGUUCGAGGACGAGUGCGAGCACUUCAAGGACCCUCUGGCUGGAGUUGCUGUUUGCCGCGGCCAGGGGCCCUGCUUCCUCGAGCUGCAUGAGUUUGUCCGCGUCAAUGAGGCUGCUUUCGACAAGGUUCCUGGGCCUGUCAAGCGCGCGCUCGGGUAUUACAAGUAUGUCAAGGUUGGGGACAAGGAGUAG